GUGGCUUCGCCAGUUCAAUCUGGGUCGGUGGUGCCAGCUGUAUGCGGUCCUUUCGAGAAAUCUCGGACUCAAUUCGCCAAGGAACCUCGGGAACGGCGGCGGGCGCCGGGUGGCAGAAGCGGGUCUCGGAGACCCCAAACCCCGCUGCGUCCCACUGUGGUUCGGGGAGUUGAGGAUGUAGCUGUGACAGAGACUGCGCGGCCGGUGAAGACUAACGUGCUAACUGUCCGGGCCCUUCACAGAAGAGUUGGCGGGCUUCUGUCUUAGAACAGAGUCCCGCAAAGCAAGGGUGGAGUAGGGACCACACGGAGCGGAGAAGACUGAGUCCUGCAAGCUUUAAGGGAUCUGCCCAAGGUGCCUCACCUCCUAAGAGUUAGAGCCCAGGCCCCAGGCUAUCAGCCUGCCAGUAGGUUUAAAGGAGGGCCUGAUCAGAAUGGCUGCAAGAUGGUUUUACCUGUCGGCCCUGGCACUGUCGGCCCUGGGCUUGAUGUGCAUCCUGUUUACCGUCUACUGGAUGCAGAGCUGGCAUGGUGGCUUUGCCUGGGACGGCACCAUAUCCAUGUUCAACUGCCACCCGGUGCUCAUGGUGGCUGGCAUGGUGGUGCUCUACAGCGCUGCGUCGCUGGUGUACCGCCUGCCCCAGUCCUGGGUGGGGCCCAAGCUGCCCUGGAAAAUCGCCCACGCGUCCCUGCAUCUGAUGGCCUUCGUCCUGACCGUGCUGGGGCUGGUGGCCGUCUUUACAUAUCAUAACAAUAACAGAAUCACCAACCUCUACUCGCUGCACAGCUGGUUGGGCAUCACCGCCGUCUUCCUCUUCGCCUGCCAGUGGUUCCUGGGCUUUGCCGUCUUCCUGCUGCCCUGGGCAUCCUUGUGGCUGCGCAGCCUCCUAAAACCCAUCCAUGUCUUCUUCGGAGCCUCCAUCCUCUCGCUGGCCAUUGCCUCUGUCAUCUCUGGCAUUAAUGAAAAGCUUUUCUUCAGCCUGAAGAAUGCGACCAGGCCGUACUCCAGCCUGCCCGGCGAGGCCGUGUUCGCCAACAGCACCGGGCUGCUGGUGGUGAUCUUCGGGCUGCUGGUGCUCUACAUCCUGCAGGCUUCGUCCUGGAAACGCCCGGAGGUGGGCGUGACGGCUGAAGGACAGCCCCUGUUGCAUGAAAGGGAGUGAAGCAGGAAGGGGCUCGCAGGAGCAGUCAGGGGUACGGUGGGACUCCCCUCAGAAGCCCUCCUGUACCUGGGCCCUGCUCGGAUCUUGUCAAUAGACUUGUUUUGGGCUCGGGACCCUGACCUCUCCCUCCCUCCGUGUUGGGCCUGCUCUCUCCACUAACUGGCUGUCCAUGGCUUUUCUUGGGGGCUUUGGCUCCUACACCCCUUCUCGGCGCUGGCUUCUGAAGUCCUCCACUUACAUAGGCCCUUCUUGCCCUGGCUGCUCCCACCACUCCUGCUGUCUGGCUGAAGUCAAGCUGAUUUCCCCUUUAGGCCCCUCGGGAUAUGGCAGGAAAUCCCAGUGGCUCAGACGAGCCGGACUCAAGUGCAGUCUGUGAUGUGGAAAGUGAGGGAGGUGACGCGCCCCUCAGCUUCCUUGAAUAUGUGCAUUUCAUUUAGGCGCCCACUGUGGGGUGGGCCCUCUCCUCUCUGUUACCUCCACCUGGCCAUCCUGGACGUGAGGCCGGGCAGGACCGUCAGGUGAUGGAAGGGGAAGGCAGAGCACCCUCUGCAGAGGAGAAGCUGAGGCGCUGACUGCUCUUCUCCCAUCUCUGCCUUCUGUUUGUGUCCACUGUGGCCAUGUAGGUCCACCCCCUCUAGCUGCGGCUACAGCUGGGGCCUGGAUGCUGGCCGUCCUUGUGGCUUGCAUGCCCAUCACUGUCAGGCAGCCCAGUGAGUGCCGGUAACCUGCUGUCCCCAGCUGUCCCAACAGGGAUGGGUAGCAGGGGUGCCCCAGACUCCCAUUACUUUCCUUCCCAGAGGAGGGUUCUCUGGGCAGGUUCGACCUUGCUCUCUCGGCAGGGCCCUCCCUCAGCUGUUUCACACUCCAGCCCGCCAUGACAUAUGCCAGAGUGUGGCGCUUUGUACCCAGCAGAGCCCAGGAGCCCUGGCCACCUUCACAGGUGUUUUUUGCUGAGAAUCUGAGUGCCUCGCUUGCCCCCCACCAUGGCUAAUGCAGGGCCAAACCCCGUCUUGUGCGCUACCCUCGAAUGAGAGCUCCAGCUGUUUCUAGGGGCGGGAGACGGGGGAAUCUGGCUCCUCUCCUACGUAUAGGCGCUGUGGCUUUUCCUGCCCCCCAAGAUGAGUCCUGCUGGGUCUCGGGGCCACACUGGUGUGCUUAGGUCACAGGCACCAUGACACCAGGGGCCCAGGGUGUGCUGACUCUCUGGCCAGUGGCAGCCCCACACACAACCCCACGUGGCCAGGUGCCAGCAGAGUGACUGUGACUAAACCUCUCCAGUGACUGAAGGCUUCGAAGCCGUUGGGGUGACUGCCAGGUACCUCGGUCACAUGGUACAUCACAUGGGUAGGCGUUUCACUUGUUUAUGAAGCCUGAUUUUCAUUAAAUUUGUUUUUAAGACUCA